AUGAUCAAAAGUUGUUUUAAUCUGAAAUUGUUUUGUUCACAGGUUUUCAUUCAUAGAUAUUUUAAAAUACUCAUCUAUGUAUUAUUUGAAAUUCAGGUCGGUUUAGAUUACACAAACCCAUACAUCAGUCCAUUCCAAGAAUUCCAAAGAUGGAAGACACAUCCUGCUAUAAUUGACACCUUCAAGGGAGGUAAUCGGAUUGGCUAUGGUGCUAGAGCCCUCAAUGAAGGAGGCUUCCAGUCGAUACCAGAGUUAACAUUCCCAGGAGGCUGCUUGAUUGGUUGUAGUUCUGGAUUUCUCAAUGUUCCUAAGAUAAAGGGUACACAUACAGCCAUGAAGAGUGGAACACUCGCAGCAGAAUCUGUGUUUGAAACACUCUGUGAUGAAAAUUUCCAGUCUAGUACUACAAAUCCACAGCCACAGAUAUAUGAGGAAAGACUGAAGAACAGCUGGGUAAUGGAAGAGUUAUACAAAGUCCGAAAUGUCCGUCCAUCGUUCAACACCAUUCUAGGUCUGUAUGGUGGCAUGAUGUAUACAGGAUUUUUCACUAUUUUAUGUAGAGGGAAAGAGCCCUGGACUUUGAAACAUGAAGGUGCUGAUCACACCCAUUUAAAACCUGCAUCAGAGUGCACACCUAUUGAGUAUCCAAAACCAGAUGGUGAGAUCACUUUUGAUCUCCUGUCAUCAGUGGCACUUACUGGAACAAACCACGAUCAUGAUCAGCCAGCUCAUCUCACAUUGAUGGAUGACACCGUUCCAGUUAAAACCAACCUGACAGUUUAUGAUGGACCAGAGGGUAGAUUCUGUCCUGCAGGUGUAUAUGAGUAUGUAGAGACAGAGGACGGUUUAGGUCAAAGGUUACAGAUAAAUGCACAGAACUGUAUACAUUGUAAAACCUGUGAUAUUAAGGACCCAACACAGAACAUUAAUUGGGUGUGUCCUCAAGGAGGGGAAGGACCAGCUUAUAAUGGAAUGUGAAAUAUGAUUUUACGGGUAUAAACUAGUGUACUAUGUGAUAUUUAGAAUGGAGUGUGAAAAAAAACUCAUGUGAUACGAAAUUUGUUGACUGCUGAUGAAAUUAGAAUGGAUUUGCCUACACUGUGUUUUAUUGCUUUGUUUCUGUUUUCUUUUAUCUGUGGUUACAACAGGGCUUAUCCAGAAUUCAGAGAUACUAGGUGUGCAUGUAGUUUUUUUUCACGGCUCUGUAGCCAGCAUGAAACAAUCUUUUUUACCGGUAAUGACUGUAAUCAUUUUUCACAGCUUUCUGUCACGACUCUGCAACUAGUCUGAAGCAUUUACUUUUCAUGACUGAUUUUGUAAAAUGCCAUAAAACUUUUAUGAAACAGUCCGUAAGUAAUUCCUUAACACCAUUAAAACAGCACAUGAAAAACCUUACUUUUCUGAUUAAGGGUCAUCAUUUAUGUUUGUGUUUAAUUUGUAAAACCAUUUAUUUACUUUCAAAGUAAUUUUUAAUGUAUUAUGUAAAUUAAUUUAAAUUUUUUUUUGUACACUGGCAUUAAUCUUUGUUACAGUAUACUAGCAUUAUAUUUCUUUAUUGUAAAUCUAAAGUAAAAUGAAACCCUUUACAAGGCCUCCUCAUGGAAUCAAUUGCUCAUAAGACAUGCAAUGCUUCUGUUAUUAAUCUUGUUUGUAAGAUUAAAAAACAAUUUAAGGGUUUGUUUUGCAAAUUUUUAUCAAAACAUUAUUUUAUAGAAUAUUAUAUUAGUAUUGGCUUUUAAAUGUGAAAAAUUUCAUUUAAGUUUGCACUGUACAAAAUUAUUUAGGCUUAAAAUUUCUUAAACAAGUGUAACCAAAAAAAAGCCUGUAUGCUGUCCAAGGCUAAUCCAUAGGCCCUAAGCUUAAUUAUGUAAAGGACCAGGAGAAAGUAAUGAUAUCUAAAUACUUAAAUUGCAUAAAUGAUGGGUGUGUAUUUAAUUUAAGAUGACAAUUUGUAGUAAAUGUAUACAUUUUUGUCGUUGGUCAGUUUCAAAAUUGAGCUUACACACAACCAGUGAAAUGCUAGAGUUUGAGACUGGUUUUCAAACUCAGAUUUAUAACCUGGGACCCUGUAUAAUUUGAUCUUAGAAUAGGUGAGAUCAUAUUGUGAGCUCUAUGUUUUGAUGUACAUUAGUGGCAACAUAUGAUAGAAGUGUGCAAGGUUGAUACAUAUAUGUAUUUAUAUGUAAAAAAGGAAAUUUUGUGUGGGGUAUUUUCUCUGAAAUUAGUCAUUUCUGAAAAUUGUUGCUCAGGGAAUGAGGAUAAAAGUCUUAAAUUAAGAUAAUGAUUUGUAACUAUACUUUACACAUAAUUAAUGGCAAUGAACUGUAUUGUACUCAUGUACUGGCAUUUUGUACCCAGCGGGUACACAUGCUCUUUACUAAUCGACAUGCCAUUACACUUGCAAUAUCAUUGAUACAAAUUUUUUAGGUUAUUACCAUAAACAUACAGAAUAACCUCUGUGAACAACAUCUCUACAUCUACAAUAGCAGGUAUCUUCAGACCUGUUAGUAAAUUUACCUCUUCAAAGCAACAACCUCUGUGCAACAAAUACAUUCUAGUGUUGUUCACUUUCAAGGGGUUACACUGUAUGUGAUAUAGUAUUAAGCUUGAAAGUUCGCUUUGUUUCCCUUAAAGAAGUAAUUUUGUUAAGGGAGACAACUUCAGUUUCAUGUCAAAUAUUUCGAAGUAGUGUUUAUUAAUUAGAAUAAACAAAUGAGCUGAUCUAUAGAAUUCUAGGGAAUAUACAUUCAUGGCAAAAUGCACAGUGUAAGGUGUGAAACAUAAAAAAAAGCUCUCAGUAGUAUGAUUCAUGCAGCAUAUAAAAUUAGCUUAUUAAGACUUAGUGUUGUACUACAAUAUGGCGAUUUUGGCAAGUACCCAUUAAAAACAUUUGACAAUCCAGUACAGUUGUUUGGAUUGUUACAUGUCCAGAUAUCACCCCUGUUGACAGAACAGUGUUAAAUAAGCUUUCUACUCUAUGCUUAUUUUUCUCAGUAAAAGGAAAACAAUCUGACAGACAUUAACCCUUACCCUGCUAAAUUUCUAUAAUAAUGAAGUUGUCUAUCUUCCAAUUUGGACAGCACCAUUAACUGUUAAAAGGGGUGCAUACCAAAAAGUUACUGACUGACAGAUGUGCAGGCUGAUCAUGAUCUGCACUGAUCGCAAAGGCAGAAUAAGUCGUGUUCAGCAUGAUAAAGGUUAAUCCGUCUUUUUUAACAUGUACAAAAAAAAUCCACAAAAUGAUUGUGUCUGGCAUUCAUCGAUGUUGAUAUUCAUAUGGAUAUAUUUUAGUAUGUACAGCUUUUAUGAUUAAGACAUCAUGAAGAUAUGUAGCAAUUUUGUUGCCUUGUCCAGUAUGGAAUAUAUUGUAUCCAGUACAGAAGUAUAGUAAACUAUAUGCACUAUAGUAUGUUUUGAAAAUAAUGUUAUUCUAGCCCUAAGCUGGAGGGUGAAACAUGUCUGUUUGUUUUGUUAAUAAAAUGAAAUAUCUUUACUUGAAAUUUUUAUGUUCAUUUCAUCUUUUCGUGGUAGCUAGAAUAUUAUUUUAUCAUCAUAUUUUAUGUAUGUUACAUGUGAGCUUGUGUGUAUGAAUUUUGUUGACAUAUGUUUGUAUGAUUUUGUGUUAAAAUUUUCUGCCAUUAUAUAGAUAUGAAUAAACAGUUCAUUCAAAUUUUA